GUUCGGGCUUUUCCGCUCGGAGUCGGACUCAGAGCCCCCCUCUGUGUUUACGCGGCAGAUACGUCAGUCGAGUCUCUUGGUUUUGUUUUGGGGCUUUUAUUUUUUUUGCGGUUCAAGAUUUUCGCUUCAUUUCUGACAACGAUAAAAUAUAUUUUUUCUGCAGCUGACAUGGACACCGCUAACCAGCUGGCAUCGGUGGGGACAUUUCAGGUGCUCAAAUUGCCUCUGGGAUUUAUCCGUGUUUUGGAAUGGCUCUUUGCCAUUUUCGCUUUCGCCACAUGUGGUGGCUACUCAGGGCAGCUCAGGGUCAGUGUGGACUGCAUGGAGAAGGCCAGCAGCGACCUGAAUAUCGGCAUUGACUUUGGUUAUCCUUUCAGGUUGCACCAAGUGUCGUUCGAAGCACCCAUGUGUGAGGCCAUGAGGACAGAGCGUGUGUUCCUCACCGGAGAUUAUUCUUCCUCUGCUGAGUUCUUCGUCACCAUUGCCGUUUUCUCCUUCCUGUAUUCUCUCGUGGCCACUGUUGUUUACAUUUUCUUCCUGAAUAAGUACCGUGAAAACAGUCAAAGGCCGCUCAUUGACUUUGUGGUGACAGUGGUGUUUUCCUUCAUGUGGCUGGUCAGCUCCUCUGCUUGGGCCAAGGCCCUGUCCGACGUGAAGGUGGCCACUGAUCCGGACGAGGUGCAGCUUCUCAUCCCAGCCUGCAAAGACCCGACUAACAAGUGCAGCUCUUUGCACGAGCCUCGGUGGUCUGGGCUCAACACCUCGGUGGUGUUUGGAUUUCUCAAUUUUGUUCUGUGGGCUGGAAACAUCUGGUUUGUCUUCAAGGAGACCAGCUGGCACAAGGGUGGCUCCAGGUUGGCAGGCAGCGCGCCCAACAAACAGGCCGGCACCUUCGACCAGCAGCCCUACGGCCAGGGCGGCUUUGACCAGUCGGGAAGCUACAACACCCAGGGGAGCUUCGACCAGCCGUCCGAGUACAGCCAGGUGGGAGGGCCCACCUCCUACUCCAAUCAGAUGUAGCUGUGACUUGUCUUUCGGCAUCUUCAAACAAAGGCAGUCAGGGGCUGGGCAUGCUGUUAAAAAGAAAGACGGCCAUAAGGAGUCAGAGGGCACCUGCUGUAGAUUCAAAGAAAAAAAAAAAAUCUAGUUGGGUAUCGUAGAACAAAAUAUUAGACGUAGUCCCUCACCCUUUCUCUUUCAGAGGUUGUGUUAGCUGAAUGUUGUCCUUCUAGUAGUUUGAAACGCAUAACAGUUUCUCCGUGCUCGACUUGUUCCUUUUUUGACCGGCCGUCUCUGUUCUAGUAGUUUGUUUGCACUCUGUAUCGGACGGGAAAGUGCUCUUUGUAAAAGUUUUAAAGUGCAUGACGUUGUGUGCUAGUAAGGUCUCUGUGAAUCCAGGAAAGAAAAAAAAAACAAACACGAUAAAACAUGCAUUCUAAGUGUAAAAGUUUACAAAACUUACUCUGCUCUGACACAUCACUGAUAGCUAAUCAGGUAUUCAGUCAUGUUUUUUCUUGUAAUGACGAAUAUAUUUUGAUAAUAGGUGUUUCUAAUUCCAAUAAUAUUCAUAAUUCAGGUAUUUUUUUCCCUGCUUUGUAUUUUUUAUUAUUAUUUUACAGCUGCAACUCUUUGACUUUUUGUCUGAAAAUGCCAAUAAGUAAAAAAAAUAAAAAUAAAAUAAAAUCCCAAGUGACAAAUGCAUUCUGUAAAAUCCUCCACAAAAAACAAGUUUGUACAAGAAACCUAAAAUAUAUGCAACUUCCGCCGUGUGCGCUGACAUCCAAUGUUUAUUUUCUCCUGCACAGAUGCUACCAUGCAGUUUUAAGAAUAUUUUUAAGAUGUAAACUAUAGAAGCCACUUUUCAUAGAAGUUACCUUGACAACUUCCGUCCUUUUUACUCAAAACACACAUUUCCAAAGCAUUUCCACACUGUUCAUACAAUGAAAGCCCUGCAAAAAACUCCUAAAUGCCAUAGUUAUGACCAAAAAAUAUGACACUAUGACGUUUUGUACAAACAACAUCUGUUCUGUUCAAGUGUUGUAAAGUCAUGACCAUUGAAUGGAAUGCUUGGAUUCCUGUUAAUUGAAUAUGAUAUUUCCAGCCCUGUGUUUUGACCCGUCUGAGCAUGUGACUUGCACUGGUAUCGAAAAGUCUAAACACGGUUUGCCACUCAUAUCUAAACGUGCACAAGCCCAUGACUCACUAAUAAAGAUGGACAAAUUUG